GCCACAAGCAGCAUUACGCACAGGGAUGUGACAUAAGAGGAGCGCCUUUACUCGUGGAGUCGUUGGAUUUUGGACUCUGUUUUUCUCAUAGUGAUGUUUUCGGAACCCUCUAUGCUCCUCGGGAGAAUUUUGAACACAUAUAAUGAAGGAUUUGCUGUUUGGAAAACGCGUUCGUGUAGGUGCUGCAUUUUAUGUAGGCAGCACUCUGUUUACUGAGCAGGAGCGUUACGCGCAACGUAUCUCCAUGUGUUAGCGGACGGCAGCUCGGCGCACCCAGCUUCGGCUGUUUCGGAAAGGAAAGGGGUGCAAAACAACAAACAUGAUACGAAAGGACCGAUUGGAGCCAGAAUGGAUUUAGCCCAGUUAAAUGUGUUGUUGGAAAACGUUUCCAACGAUGAGAACACCACCGACGCACCGUUCGGCUUGCCUCACACGGGGGUUGCCACUGCGCUCAUCAUCCUGGUGGUUACUGUGAUCAUCUUGGUGACCAUUGUUGGUAACGUUUUGGUGAUUGUAGCGGUGCUGACCAGUCGGGCUCUCCGUGCGCCCCAGAACCUUUUUCUGGUCUCUCUGGCAUCAGCGGACAUCCUGGUGGCCACGCUGGUCAUCCCCUUCUCCCUCGCCAAUGAGGUGAUGGGCUACUGGUACUUUGGGAGUACAUGGUGCGCUUUCUAUCUGGCUCUGGACGUGUUGUUUUGCACCUCAUCCAUCGUACACCUGUGCGCCAUCAGCCUGGACCGCUACUGGUCCGUGACAAAGGCGGUAAGCUACAACCUGAAGCGGACACCUAAGCGCAUCAAGUCCAUGAUCGCAGUAGUGUGGGUAAUAUCUGCUGUCAUCUCCUUCCCUCCUCUUCUCAUGACCAAACAUGAUGAACGGGAGUGCGUGCUGAACGAUGAGACCUGGUAUAUCCUCUCCUCCUGCCUGGUGUCCUUUUUUGCCCCUGGUCUCAUCAUGAUUCUGGUUUACUGUAAAAUAUAUAAAGUGGCCAAGCAGCGCUCCUCCACCGUGUUCGUGGCCAAGAACGGCCUGGAGAGGCAGCCCUCUCAGUCCGAGACCUGUUUCGUCAGGAAGGACCGGUUCGAGACGGAGAGCCCCAGCAGCCAGAGCUCCGGCAGCCACCAGCAGAGACAGGGGGAGCUGGAUGACAUCGACUUGGAGGAGAGCUGCUGUCCAUCGGAUACUAAACCCCGCAAUCAUCGCUUCACCAAGCGGAGAAAGGUGGAGGGGUCAGACUGCUGCCCGCCCCAGAACUGCCGGCUCUCCUGGGCAUCAGCCCGGGCGUUACAGAACUACCCAGAACAGAAAAACCCAGCUGUGCGCCAACAGCUGGCCGCGGCCAACAAGACAAAAGUGGCCCAGAUGCGCGAGAAACGUUUCACCUUCGUGCUGGCGGUGGUGAUGGGGGUGUUUGUGCUCUGCUGGUUCCCCUUCUUCUUCACAUACAGCCUGCAUGCUAUCUGCAGAGACAAUUGCUACAUCCCUGCUGCACUUUUCAACCUUUUCUUUUGGAUUGGCUACUGCAACAGUUCUGUGAACCCAAUAAUAUACACUAUUUUCAACAGGGAUUUCAGGAAAUCCUUCAAGAAAAUCAUAUGCAGAACUUCUAAACGCACAUAAACACAGAAAGGGAUCCUGAAACAAAUCUGUUUGGUCUCUUUCACUCAAUCCUGGGAAGGAAUUAUAUUAUUAAAACUCAUUUCUUCUUGACUGUUUCCCCUCCCCAAAUUCAUUUUAAUGUAACUACCAUCACAUUGAAAAAAAAGAAAAGUGUUGCAUUUAAAAGUAUGUGAAUAAAAUGUUAAGUUGAGCAAAAAAAGGAUAUAUUUAGUGUGUCAGUUUUGCAAACUUGAUGCAAACAUCAAACACAGUCAGUUAUUUAAUGAUUAGAUGCAUUAAUGCAAACAAGUUGUAAUAUAUAGGUCGCUGUAUAAUAAGUCCUGCAAACCUUUGAGCAUAGAAACUCUAUAUUGGAUCAAUCUUUUGUGCUGCAGCAAGCAGCAGGAAAAAACUACUUCAGGGUAAAGUCAUGAAUGUAGCUGGAUUGCCUUGCCGGCGGCUGUCUCACAGCGGGUGUUUCGUGUCAAGAUAAAAAGAAGAUUAAUCUCCAGUAUCUAUAAGAUAUGAGCAUGGGGAUGAGCAGGCGAGCAAGUGUUGCCUGAGUGUGUGUGUCAUGGAAAAAAUUAAACAAAAUCCUAUGGAUCAAAUGAUUUCAAGGUUUAUCUUCAUAUGUAGGGUGCUGCAUUGUAAAAAAUGCUUGGCAUUAUUAAAAAUAAAACAGAUAAUACACAUACAAACACCCAUAAAUCUCUGCCUGCUGCAGUUCCAGCAAGGCCUCUCAGUCAUUUCUUAUCAGUGAACCCCCAAACUUACGUAAGAGUCUAAUCUCACACCCUCACCGCACCAUCACACCACCUCACACCAGAACAAUGGAGAAGCUGGGACCGGUGUGUGCAAAAUCUAUUGGAUAAAUCUGUACAUUUCAUUUCAACACUUCACAAUACCUCCGUAUUUUAUGAGUAAAUAUUUAAAUCAUGCUGGAUUGAUAUUCUCUGAGUCCAUUUUCAGUAUCACGGGGCAGAGAUCAUAUCAAGUUUAUAUUGUUCAGCAAAUAUUACUUUCAUAGUGUUGUAAAAUGAUUUUUUAAAUUUAAAUUU